GUGAGUGAAGCUUGCACGUCGCGCCCGAAGAUGCUGCGGCUGUGUUGCGGGGCCGUCCCGGCCGCGCUGCUCCUGCUCGCCUGGCUCUGCGUUCUAGGUCUUGCUAAUAAUGAAGAGGCCCUGAUAAAACCCAAACUGAGCUUCCUGGGGGACCAAGUGGUGAUCCCAGCCGGUUCCCUGUUCGAUGUAACUUGCAGGGGAUCUGCUUCACUAGCCUGGCACUGGGGCAACAGCUCUUACAGUGGCUCCUUUCGCAUAUCUGAGCGCCGGUGCUCUGAUGACCCUCUACUCAUCUGCAACCAGCUCACCAUCUUCAGCAUGGUGGCCAGUGAUACCGGCUAUUUCACCUGUAGCUACAGGGACAGCUCUGAUUCGGAGGACCCAAGUUUCAUGACCAGGGUGUACGUGUAUGUCAAAAAUGACAGCCAGCCCUUUGUGCAAAGAUACUAUGACGAGCCACUGGUGAUCACUGUGUUUUCUGGAGCACAGGAAGUGAUUGUGCCCUGCCGAGUCACUUCCCCUGACCUAAAUGUCAAGCUGGAUCUGUUCAACCCAGGCAAGUUCAACUAUACGAGCAAGGACUGGAACCCCCAGAAAGGCUUCACCAUCAUCCGCCCAUCCUUCCAGUUCUUCAGCAGUCUGCUCCAGUGUGUGACGAAAGUCAAUGGGAAGACCCACGUCUCCCUCUACCUGCCCCAGAAAGUGGAAACCAAAAAAGAGAAUAUCUCCAUCAGAGUCAAUCACCAAAAACUGCUCGCGGGUGAAACCCUGAGUCUGUCCUGCACUGCCGAGACCACCUUUAAUGGGCGCAUCAAGCUUGACUGGGAGUACAAGAGGAAAGGGAACAAGGCAAAUCCCAGGUGCUGUGAAAUUAAGAGGAACAUGGACCAGAGGACCCCUGUGUACAAAAGCUACAGUAACCUGACCAUCUGGAAUGUGACUGUGGAGGAUAGUGGACUUUACCGAUGUCAGGAAGGCAAUGGUUCAAGUCUCCAAGCCAGCAUUAACAUCACUGUGCUGGAGAAAGCAUAUAUCAAUGUGACCUACAGACGGAACACUGUCUAUGAGGUGACUUCUGGCCAUGGCAUGCAGAAGCUAUCUGUAAGAGUGGAUGCCUUUCCUAGGCCCAAUGUCACCUGGUACAAGGACGGCCAGCUGAUCCCAGAAAACCUUACCUACCAUUCAGACCCGUUAAGGUACAGACUCACCAUCACAGAUGUGAAAGUGAAGCAUUCUGGGAAUUAUACCAUUGUCCUGAGCAACACCCAGCACAGCCUCCAAGAAAACCGAACCAUCCAACUACUUGUCUAUGAGAGACCCAAGAUCUAUGAAAAGGAGACAGACCUGAACAAGACUCAGCCGGUAUUUCUGGGCAGUGAACACAUCCUCCGCUGUACGUCAAGUGGUACCCCGCCACCAACCUUUCGAUGGGCUUGGGAGCCGUGCAUCACCAGCGAUGCUUUGUGCAGGGAACGAGGGAAGAGAAUUGAGCUUUCCAAAGCUACUCUUGAGAAAGGCCUGUACGAUGUCAACCAAAUCCAGUCCAUCGAGGAGACGAUUAUAUCGAGUGGGGAUAGGAACAAGACCCUGAGUAUGCUGACCAUCACUUCUAGCACGAGCUCUGGAGUUUACUUCUGCACCGCUUACAACAAGGUUGGCCGGGACGAGAGAGUUAUGAAGGUCUACGUCUCAGAUGUGCCAGGGCACGUGGAAACCCGACCUCAGGUCUUGGCAAUCGAGGGCCAUGACGCUAAGCUCACCUGCAGAGCAGCCAGAUAUGUCUACGAUGGCCUAGCGUGGUUCAAUCCGUUUGGAGAAAAGGUUCCUACCUCAUCUACCGAGAGGCGAGUGAACAAAUACUCCAUUUCCUUGACUCUGACGAUUCGAAACGUGUCCCGCCAGCAGGAAGGACAGUACAAGUGCAAGGCCUGGUACCAGAGGAACACCACGGCCAUGCUGGAAAGGACUGCUAGACUCUUCACCAGAGAAAAAGUUGCGCCUUAUGUCAUAGAGAACCUCACAGACCUGGAUGUGAACAGCAGUGGCAAGAUUGUGCUACAGUGUAAAGUGGGAGGGACCCCAACACCUGGCAUCACUUGGUUGAAGAACGGGAAUGCCAUCCUGCCAGCCUCAGGCAUCUCCUUGGAGAACAACACCCUGGUUAUUGAACGAGCUAAGAAGGAUGAUGAAGGCACCUACAAAUGCAAAGCCACCAAUGAGAUAGGACAAGUCAGCACCUCAGCCCUUAUUACUGUGGCAGGUUCCGAGGAGCGCUCCAGUGUCGAGGUCAUCAUCCUUGUGUGUACCGGCUUGGCAGCCACCCUCUUUUGGCUCCUGUUGACCCUGGUCAUUCGAAAACUCAGAAAGCCCAACGCCCCUGACAUCAAAACAGGAUAUCUCUCCAUCAUCGUGGACCCCGAAGAGGUGCCUCUUGACCAGCAAUGUGACCAACUGCCCUACGAUAGCAGCAAAUGGGAAUUUCCCAGAGAUCGCUUACGGUUGGGGAAGACCCUGGGUCACGGUGCCUUUGGGAAGGUGGUGGAGGCGUCCGCCUUUGGCAUUGACAAAUCUUCAACCUGUAAAACGGUGGCUGUGAAAAUGCUGAAAGAAUGUGCAACAUCGAACGAGUGCAAGGCCCUGAUGUCAGAGCUCAAGAUCCUCAUCCACAUCGGCCACCACCUAAACGUGGUCAACCUACUGGGAGCCUGCACCAAGCCCGGAGGUCCUCUGAUGGUCAUUGUGGAGUUCUGCAAGUAUGGAAACCUGUCCAACUUUCUGCGAGGGAAGAGAGGAGACUUCAUUGCCUUCAAGACCCAGGACACCUCUGAACAAGGGGAAAAGAAAGCAGAGGACUCUGACUGUGAUCUCACGGAGCUCACCAAGCGGCGGUUGGAAAGCGUGGCAAGCACCAGCAGCUCUGCCAGCUCUGGUUUCAUCGAAGACAAGACCUACAGUGACUCGGAGGAGGAAGAGGAAGACUCUGAAGAUCUGUCCAAACGACCUCUGACCCUGGAGGAUCUGAUCUGCUACAGCUACCAAGUGGCCAAAGGCAUGGAGUUCCUUGCCUCCCGAAAAUGCAUUCACCGGGAUCUGGCUGCUCGGAACAUCCUUCUGACUGACAACAACGUGGUAAAGAUCUGUGACUUUGGCCUGGCCAGAGACAUCUACAAGGACCCUGACUAUGUCCGGAAAGGAGACGCCCGGCUCCCACUCAAGUGGAUGGCCCCUGAAGCUAUCUUUGAUAAGAUUUACACUACCCAAAGUGAUGUGUGGUCCUUUGGAGUCCUGCUGUGGGAAAUAUUCUCCUUGGGUGCUUCGCCCUACCCAGGAGUGCAAAUAGAUGAGGAUUUUUGCCUCCGACUCAAGGAAGGCAGCCGGAUGAAAUCCCCUGAGUAUUCAACUCCAGAAAUCUACGAGACCAUGCUUGAUUGCUGGAAUGGUGUGUGCACAGAGAGACCCACUUUCACUGAGCUGGUCGAGCGCCUUGGGGACCUGCUACAGGCCAGUGUUCAGCAGGAAGGCAAAGACUACAUCCCUCUCAACAUGUUUGACAAAGAGCUUGACUUCAAGGUCGGCCCCAUGGAAGAGAAUCUGAACAAUGACCCUACUCACCAGAGCACUGAGGAACACAGCAGUGGCAUCCAGAUGCGUCCCCUGAGCGGCAAGACUUCCAGUGAGGUCCCUGUGGAGCCCAAGAAGACCAGGCCUGAGGAGAACAAGUUGGAGAGCAGGCUGGUGCUGCCUUCAGUGAAGCGCCUGGAGACUCGAUCCUGGCCGUAUGGACUCAUGGCAUUGGCCCUGAGAGCAACCAGCAGAAGCAAGGAGUCUGUGCUGCUGUCUGAGGAGAAGGAGGCUCUGCAGCCCCAGCUGCCAGCCCAGCUGGAUGAGGAUGACCCUCUGGCCUAUGCUCUGGAGGACUCCAUCCUCCUACCCCUGGAUCCAGCCCUCGAGUGCCACAGCCCACCCCCUGACUACAAUUCUGUGGUCCACUACUCUGACUCACCAGUGUAACUUCUGGCCACUCUUUUUCCUCCAUCCAGCCCCUCCCCAUCUCCAUUACAGCAUCCCGCCAUGUCCUUCUCACCCCGCCCCCCCCCCCCAAGAGAAUCAAUCCAUGAGUGCCUCUCACAGCUGUACUGUCCCAGGGACGAGCUGUACAAGAAGGGAAUAGGGAGGGGGGGGAUCUCAAUAGUAAAGUCUCUGCUCUUUCUUUGGGGACCCUGCUGCCCAGAUCAUACAUCAAACCAGACUCCAGAUAGGGAGGCUGCUACUUCUACAGUUUUUGACUACUGCCUCCGCAACCCAUCCAUUACACAGCCAUAUAACCCACACCCACGCCAGGUCACCAUCUUAUAGGUAUCACAAUGGAGGGCCAACCCAUCGUAGCAGGGCUCCAGGCCCCCCAGUCAGAAUACCUAAGGCAUUGAAGGUCUUUCUGAGUCCCCAACACCAAGGAAGACCCUGGUGGAAUUCAACAGUAGAUGCUUGAACAGAGAAGGUCAGAGCAGUAUGUGGUCAAAGCUUCCCCUCAGUUCCCCACCCCCUCCACUGGCUUCCCGCUCUCCCUGGCUACCUCAUGCUGCUGGUGGUCUUCAUCAGGUUCAUUUGACCCAUCCAGCGUCCACUCCAUAGGCUCUACCAAGCAAUGGAUGACCCCGUUCUGUUCCCCAGCUGUACUUAGCACUUUGUUCCCAGAGUUCCCUUUGGGUCCUCCAGGCAUUCCUGAUUAGGUGCUUCAGAUCAUUGUACUGGCACGCAACCAGGCCGUGUGUGUAAACACAUGCCCACAUGUGCUGGGCACACUCAAGCAUCUGCCAAGGAAAGGGCAAUCCAUGAGCCCACCCUUCUGCUUCUACCCUCUGAUGUUGGCCAGGCCCCUUAGGAGAGGACCCCAAGCAGGCUGAGAUUUCUGGAAAUUUCUCCGUGAGAGCUGAUGGCUCUUCACACUUAAUGUGACAAUAUAGGGCAGCACGUGAGGCCAAAGGCAGCCUUGGGCUUAAUCAGAGGUCAGCCCAGUCCAUUGAAUUCAACAAACAUCUACCAAGCACAGAACCUUGCCUUAUUAUACUGGUCAGUGAGAGGACAAUCAGAUUCAAAGCUGAUUGUGUCUAAACCUCUCCUUUACACGUGAGAAAACAGAGGCGGACAGAGGGGAAGUAACUCACCCCAAGUCACACAGCUGGCAAGUGGCAAAGCUAGGAUGUGAAGCCAGGUCUACCAACUCCAGAUCCAGUGCUUUCAACGCCACUGCUUGAUGGGAGGUGGUGAGGGGCAAGGGGAGAGAAGGCUCUAGAAAACCCCUUGCUUCCAUAUAUGAGAGCUGAAGAAGCAAAGAGAGGUUCUAGUCCCUCUGGACCCUCACCAUUUUGAAAAAUUGAACUGAAAUACUCCAAGGCUUGUUGCCUGACCAGUAAUUGACAGUGAUGUCUCUUCCACUGGUCAAAAACUAGACCUCCCAAAGGACUAAGAGUUUAGACAUGGGAGGGCCUGGUGGGAGUCUGGCAUAGGAACCAGGUCAAGGCUGUCUAGCUGUUGCUUGGGCAUUUCUGUUCCCCUAUCCCCCAGCAUCUCACCAUGACCCAACAAUCAUACCUAGAUCUCCCUCUCUCUCUUUCUCUUGGACAUUUCUGUUCCCCCAUCCCCCAGCAUCUCACCAUGACCCAAUAAUCAUAUCUACAUCUCUACAUCUCUCUCUCUCUCUCUCUCUCUCUCUCUCUCUCUCUCUCUCUCUCUCUCACCCCCCACCUGUCUCUCUCU